UGGUCAGCUCUCAGAGGGACAGUUUUUUUUUAAAUGAGAGCCACAGGGUUGACACGAAGCAGGUUAAUGGGAAGGAGUGAUGCGUACUGUGACAUUUAUUGACCCUUGAGAUGUGCCAGUGCUGUGACCUGCUUCUCAUGUUUUAUUUAGUCCCUUCAAGAGCCCAUGAGGUAGGCGUUAUUCCCAUUUUAUAGACAAGGAAACUGAGACCAGCCCAAGAGACUGCCUGGUCCAAGGGCAGUGGGCGGCAGAGCUGGGACUCCAGCCCUGUCUCCUGCUGCCUGCUCUGGAAUGCGUAGUCGCACCCACAGUCUCGGGGCCCCUGCUUGCAAGUCCCCGCUAUGCCCCGUGGAGCCCUGGGGCAUCUCAUGUGGCCAUGGACGUGGGCGUCUGGCUGAGAGGAGGAGAGGCCAGCCCUGUCCCCAGGGAGCCGGGACUUGCUCUUCCUCUGUCCCCCGUUGGGUGGGGCUCUGCAGCAUCAAAAAUGGUCAAGGGGAGGAGUCUUUAAGGUCACUGUUCUAUGUGCAGAAACUUUGGAGCCUUACUGCAGCCUUCCUUCUAGUGUGAGUUGUUCUGUCUUCUGCCCGGACUUAAAAGGCAUCAUCUGUACGUGGUGCGUGGCCUCAGGUGCACCUUUGUCACAGACACCAGCAGUCUCUGGCUGGUGGGAUGGAGGGGCUUUUGUUGUCGUUUUCCUGGGUGAUUUUUUGUGCUUCCUAAGCUAUCUGUUUGGAUGAUGUAUUAUUUUUAUAAUUGGAGAAAUAAAGAGUAUAUUUUAAAGCAAAAAAAAAAAACAAAAAUUGAAACAAAACAAAAAAUAUAUAUGAAAAAAUACUUGUUGAGAUCAUAGGCAUCAGGCGAUGAAGGACAGUGAUCUUGGAGAGAUGGGAAGCAAAUGACAUGAGCCAUAUGAUUGCCCCAGCUCACUGCCUUGAGAGAGUUUUCGGGGUGGGCAGAGGAAGGGGGACCAAGUGGGGCUUCAGUAGACCCCGAGUUGAGGAGAUGGAGCUGAAUCUGGGGAUACCGAAGCAGCUGGAGUUCACAAGACAGAAAACCCAGAAAGGAGAGCGCUGCGCAGAGGGAGAGCUCGGAAGAGGUGCAGAGUCCCCUCAGGGUUCCUUGGAUCUCAUCCAAAGUAUUGAAGAUGACCCCCUUCUGGACACCCAGCAUCUCCCACAUCACUCAUUACAUGCUCAUUUUAGGCCCAGAUUCCAGGCUCUUCCUACAGUCAUCAUUGCACAUCUUCUCUUGUUGAUACAUAUUGUGUUUGUUAUUUUAGCAUUUUUAACAGGUGUGCUUUGUUCUUACCCCAAUCCAAUUGAGGACAAGUGCCCAGGAAACUAUACCAACCCAUUGAAAGCUCAGACAGUCAUAAUCCUCGGAAAAGUUAUUUUGUGGAUUCUGCAUUUCCUCCUUGAACGAUACAUCCAGUAUCACCACAGCAAAGUAAGAAACCGAGGCUAUAACAAGAUCUACCGGUCAACAAGCCAUCUUAAAAGCCUUGCGCUGAUGAUACACUCCACUGGCAACACGGCGCUACUCUUCCUGCUCUGCCUGCAGCACUCCUUCCCCGAGCCCAGCGCGCUGUACCUGGACCUCAUUCUGGCCACCCUGGCCGUGGAGCUGGUCUGUUCCCUGACGUGCCUGCUCGUGUACACAGUGAAAAUUCGAAAAUUUAAUAAAGCCAAGCCACAGCCUGAUGUACUUGAAGAAGAAAAAAUCUAUGCUUACCCCAGCAAUAUUACCUCGGAGACUGGAUUCAGGACUCUCUCAAGCCUGGAAGAGAUUGUGGAGAAGCAAGGAGACAUCAUAGUGUACCUGAAGCGGCACAAUGCCCUGCUCAGCCAGCGUCUGCUGGCCUUCACGUCCUCUGACCUCAGCUCUCAGCCAAGUGGGAUUUGACAGCAAUUCCAGAGGAGCCAGAGUAAUUUAGACUGACCAGCUACCUGACAAGCUGUCUUAGGGAAAUGUAGCUUUGCCAAGUAACAUUCUCCAAUUUCUGUUGGAAACCUGAAUUUGGUUCUCACCUGUGUGGCUGUUUAAUAAGUUGGACUCGCGGGUCAUUUGAAAGACACUUUGUAGCGCCUCACGAACUCAAGGGGAAUGUCUGUUUUGCACAUUUUGAAAUUAUUUAACUGCCUGGUUUAUCCUAGGAUCAAAGGUAUAGGUUAAACAUCUCCUUGACCAGCACUUCUUCCAUACUUAUUGGGACCUGGUAAUAAUUUGGCUUUUUAUAGAGGAAGUCUAAAAUGACAACCUAUUUAAAACUGGGCUUGAGUUUUUCCCACUUUUAUACUGGUGAGAGAAGUCAUCAUUUCUCAUGGUUAGUGUUUUUUCCCAUGGAGCCUUAUGUAUUUUAUAUGCUUGUGUGGUAUUGGAUAGCCUUGGCCCUUAUAGCUUUUAUAAGAAUUUCGUCACUGUAGGACCAAGGUCUCACUGGAUGAUUUACUUUGCAGCCCCUACAGGUUUCCAUUCUCCAGAAAUAAGAUUUGAAGAUUACUUGGACCAGCAUUAGACCGACCAGUGCUGCCUGUGAAAGCAGGAGCGCCUGCCAUUGGCAGCAGCUGAAAUAAUUAGAGAAGACUUCGGGCUUUCUCUUUAUUUUGACCCUUCUUUGAGAGGUAGCCAUGUAUUUCAGUAUUGACUGUCUUUGGAUCAAUAAGUUCAGUGAUAGGAAAGGGGUCUUCUGUAGCUUUAAGUUUGAAAGAAAAAAAGAAUAUGUUUUUUAGUCUUGGAUUAUACUUUAAAAUUAUGAUGAAAAAAAUGUCAUAUCAACUUAUAUAUAGAUAUUAAACAUAUCUAAUUCUCCAGAUAAAAUGAAGCAUAUUUAUGAGUAAAUGGCAUUAUUUCUCCAGUUUUCCUAGCAUGGCCUUUUCAUGUAUCAGUUUGCUUUUGGCACCUUUACAUGCUGUCUCAGAAAGCCUUCUGUGUGAAAGCUUAACAUGAGGGAAGGGGAUAUGUGUGAUUACGUAUGCUGCUGAAUUUCUUUUUUAUUUAGCUGAAUAAUCAAUAUUUGAUUUAAAAAUCCUUGAGCUAUACAUAACUGUUUGGCAAGGGAUGUGUUCAUUGAGUCAUACCAUACAUCUGAAGGGCAAACAUCUGUUUCCUUUAGAUACAGCCAUUGCGGAGCAUUCUCAAGGUUUUCUGCUGAGGUCAAGGUGAUUGUGUGUCACCUGUGGUCAAUACCAUUGAGUCCCCAAAUUGAAAACAUUCACAAACUAAAGCCAAAAUUGUAUUUUUAAAGUUAAGAUUGUAUCCAAGUUUCCUGACUUUUCCUUCCUCUCUUUUUUUCUUUUUUCCUUCCUUUUUAAUAUGUCUCAAAGCCAUUGCCUUCUGUGGAAACCUGUCUCUAUGUUCUGGAAGAGCUUUUACCUUUAGCUGUUUUCCUUAGGGAAAAUACAUGUGGUAGAUGGUUAAUUCUCAUUUACUUUUAAAUUCAGUUUGGAUCUACAGUCAGUUUCUAAGGUUUAUGUGAUGAACAUUGGUUUACAGAGAAAGGUCUAGUUAAAAAGUUAGAAUACUCAAGUUCCGAUGGGCUGUCUGUAUAAUCACCAACACUGUUUUCUAAACUCAGUACUGAACAUUUCAAACAAUAAAAGAAAAUGAAAGAAAGGAAUGAACAAAACAAUUUAAAUGUUAAUCAUUCUGCGCACCAAGUAGACACUGUGCUAGCACCGUGGAUACAAAAAUUAAUAAGACAGUCCUAGCUUGUAGCUUACAUUCUAAGGAGAGGACUGGGAUUUCCGGGCUCUGUGCUAAGUGAAAUGAUGACACUAAGCCGAGAGUGCCAUAGGGGCUCCGGCUCAGAGAGUCUCCUGGGGGGAAAGGCUUUAGGUAUUCCAGGGAAAUUUAUGAGUAAACAAGAAGGUCGAACAGCUACAGAUGAUCAUCUGCACUGUGUAUAGCUUGAGCCCAAAGGGUGGUGCUGGACAUGGGAGGAGGAACGACCAGUGGCAGAUUCUGGGGACCCUAACGCUCCCUAGGCCAAGGGGCCUCCAGUGGAAUGGGGCCCACUGAAGGGUUCCAGGCAAGGAAGUGGCAGUCGGUUUUAGUUUCAGAAGGAUCAGACUGCCAGUGUGGUGUAGGAAAGUGGGUGGCAGAGUAUAUGGCGCUGAACUAGGGCAGGUAAAGUAACAUUUUAUCAUGGGUAUAUAUGUAUAUAUCUGUAUUGUAUUUCUAUAUUGUUAAUUUGGGGAUUUUAUUUCAAAUGACAAUAGCAUCAUGACUUACUGAACUUCUUUGAAUACUAAUGAAUUAGAGCUUUUUUCCCCGUAUUCUUUGGCGUUUUACAAAUCUUUUGUGAUGUACAUGUGUAAGUCUUUUGCUUAUUAUUCUCCUGGGAUAUUCUUUUUCUAACAAACAUCUUCUUUUAUACAUAAGGAUAGUCUUCAGUUUAUAUUUGUUGGAAAUAUUUGCUAGUUUGUUUUGGAUUCUUUUGCCACGUACUCUUCAAACACUACAACCUGGAUUCUUUCCCCGUAGCACCAGUGGAAAGUUCACACAAAUGAAUUCCUAAAGCCACAUCGGGUGAGAGCCAGCAGUGUUUGAGGGAAUUUUAAUAUACCCAUGCUUGGGAAUUCCCUGGCUGUCCAGUGGUUAGGACUCCGUGCUUUCCCUGCUGAGGGCCCAGGUUCGAUUCCUGGUCAGGGAACUAAGAUCCCACAAGCUUCACAGUGCAGCCAAACACACACACACACACACACACACACACACACACACACACACACACACACACAUACACCCCGCACCCCCAGGCUUCUGCUGGAGGCCGUUUUUCUUCACAUGAAUUGAGUUAAUUCUUUUUCCUUUUUUCUCUAAGGCAGGGCUCUCUAACCUUGGCACUAUGGACAUUUUGGGUGGUAUAAUCUUUGUUAUGGUGACUGUCCUGUGUGUUGUAGGAUAUUUAGCAGUAUUUCUGACUGCUAGGAUGCCUGUAGCAACCUCCAGUUGUGACAACUAAAAAUGUCUCCAUACACAGGCAUUUCAUUUCAUUUAAUACUUAACAUUUAGUUGAGAGCCAGUGUGCACCAGAGAACAGGGGUCAGUCAGACAGAGGUGGUUUCUGUUCUCAUGGAACCUACAUUCUCGUGGUGGGGUUGGGGCAUGACGGGGAGAGGAAGUGAACACAGCAGACAGACAAGCCAGUAUCGGGAUUGAAGAAUACAAUUCUCCUUCUGUAAAUUAGGCCUCAUGGAGAUUCUGAUGUUAAUAUGACUUAUGGAAAGAAUUUAGCUUCCAUGUUCUGCAACCAUUCAGAAAACAGAAUGGCAAACAAAAUGAACUUUACGUUCUCUCCCCAUCCUUUUUACAGAAGACACUGUUAUUUGGUAAUCUCGCAAACUGAUCAGAGAUGCUCUUGUGAGCCUUGAAUACAAAACUCCCAUUUGUUAGCCUCUUGAAUUCUUCAGGAAACAAACCUUGAAUAUAUGCCAAUCACAAAUCACAAAAAUUUCAAAACAUUUCCUAGGUUUCCUAAGGAAGGUUGUUUAUUUGUAAGCCACGUAAGCCUGUCUCUAAUUCUUCCCCUCACAGCCUCUCUUGUCUGGCCCAGCUUUUCAUCCUGCUGUUCCACUGGAACUUCUUAUCCAGGCCAAGGGUAGGAUACCUCUUACCAGGGCUGAGUGCCCUCCUCAGCCUGCCUGCACCCUUCCUCUCAGUUGCCCACUCCCUCCUUGAUUGAUUUUCUUUACUCUGGCUUCCAGGACACUGCAGCCUCCUGGCUUUCUUCCAGCCACACUGGCCUCCUGUCCUGUCUCCUUUGCAGGCUCCUUUUCUUGGUGUUAGUGUCUCCUGGGCCUCUUCUCUCCAUAGGCACUCGCUCUUGCUGACCUCAUGGCUAUAGCACAGUGUACAAGCUGGCCACUUCCAGAUGUGUCCUCCCUGACCUCCAGACGUGUAUACGCUGCUUCUCUUCUAGAUCUCCACUGCAAUGACUGAAAGGCAUUUUGCAAAGGUGAGCUCUCCUCCACAGCCUUCUCUAUCUCCACGGGGGUCGCUGGCUUUUCCUUUACAAUAGAGUCAGACUCCAUCACCUUCACAUGGAUUGUUGCAAUAGUCUCUUAAGUGGUCUUUCAGAUUCUAACCACCACUCUCCCCCGGCCCCUACCCCCCACCACCACAAGCAUCAGUGUUUAGUGUAGCUGCCAAAGACAUCUUUCUGAAACACAUUUGACAUGUGUGUUACUCUGAGGUUUCCCUAAUCAGUAAAAUCCCAAGUCCCUGGCAGUGACCUCCAGGGCUCUAGAAGAUCAGCUCCCACCCACCUUACCUCUUUCUGCUCCUUCACUUUCUCUGUUUCAGUCACAUUGUUGUUUCUGGACUCAGACACGUCCCCACCUCAGGACCUUGCACCCCUGUUCCCUCAUCAUGGAAUGAUCAAUUCCUAGGUAACUUUACCUCCUUCAAGUCUUUAUUCAUGUCUCUUUCUCAGUGAGGCCUCCUCCCCACUCAGCCCCUUCUUUCUCCCUUACCUUAGGGGUUCAGAAUAUGUCAUCUCAAAAUAAUGUCACUUUGGCAUAUUGGUUAUUUUGAACUAAAGUUACUUGAGGAACAUCCACUACAAGAAGUAAACUCUUGGAACUUCCGUGGCAGUCUAGUGGUUAAGACUGUGCUUCCACUGCAGGGGGCAUUGGGUUCGAACCCUGGUUGGGGAACUAAGAUCCCACAUGCCCUGCAGCAUGGCCAAAACAAAACAAAAACAAAAAAUCCCAUAAAAGUCACUUAAGAAACAAAAAAACAGAAGUAAAUUCUUACCCUCCUUUUUCCCUGAGAAAGCAGGAGAUAAAUCUGCCAUGUGAAAGGUACCCUCCCCAGUGAAACUGAGCAGGACCCGGCAGGGCUCUCCUGGGUACAAAAGCCCCUCUAUGUCUCUGUUUCUUGUUUGUUUGUAGAAAAGGGCUUUAAUCUCCUAGGCCUUCUCUGAGUUCCAAAGAGCAGGCACAAGCAGUUACUAAUUAGAGGAGUGAGGGAAUGCAGACACAAAGGAAAAGCAGUCAAGAAACAAUACUGCAGAGAUAAAGAGUCCUGCUUCCUCCUCAAGUGCUAUACAUAGCAAUCUGCUGCAUAUCUUUGAGUUGUUCAGAGGAACUAAGACCCCACUCAGGUGGAGGAUGGUGACUACAAGCUGACCACAAGCACAGACUGGUUGGAACCAGAAGGUUGAUGAUUAAGGUUCCUGGAGCACCACCUGGUUACCUCACCACCAAACAAUCAGAAGAAAGUCAUGUACCGUGCAACCCUCACCCCAAUUGUUGCCUUUAAAAGCCUUUCCCUGAAAACCAUCUGGGAGUUUUGGGUCUUUUGAGCAUGAGCUGCCCAUUCCUCUUACUUGAGCCCUGAAAUAAAUGCUGUACUUUCUUCACCACAGCCUGGUGUCAGUAGACUGGCUUUGCAGCAUGGUGGGUGAGUGGACCCAGGUUUGGUCUGGUAACACCAGGAGGGUAGAAGACAUCCUUAUCACCAGACAGGGAAUUUAGGGCCAAGAAGGCUGUAUAAACAAACCUUGUGUAGGGGAGGAAAAAUAAUAUUCCUCUAUCCUUUUAGGUUCUUGGUUGACAUCCGUCUGUAAUAAAAGAUAGUAAACAGGAGACAAAUAGAAGUUUAAUAACAUGUAUACCUUGUGCAUACAUGGGAGAUACCCAGGAAUACUGAGUAACUCCCCCAAGUGACCCAAGCCACCACCUUAAAUACCAUCCAGCUAAGGACAAAAGAUGUUUGGGAGUGGGAGAGCUGGUUAUGGGAGGCUACAGGCAAAGCACAGUUGACAAGAGUAUGGUUGUUACGCAGAUUUAGGUCUUUGCCUUCUGCAUUGGUAACACUUUAUCAAGAUGUAGAGUCAUCCACCUCUUUUUGGCACAGAGAGGGAGAUACCCUUACAAAUAGAGAUUUCAUUUAUAAAUGUAAAUGUUUCUUACAAAAGGGUAGCUUCCUGCUUGAUCACUUCUUCACAAGUCAUCUUUUUAUGGGGCUCCCAUGCAUACAAAAUUAAAUUUGUUUUUCUCCUGUUAAUCUGU